ACUUUGUCGGCGUUCCAGGUGUCCUUAAACGAUGACGGUUUGAUCGUGGCCACUCUGGAGCCUGCAGACCUUCAGGAGAACGUCACAGCCUAUGCAGUGCAGAUCUCUGGAGAACCUAGACUGGUUCUGGUUCCGUUCCCUAACAGCAGCGAGCCUCUGCUGUUCAAUGCCUCCUUCCACGGCCUCUGCUACACUGUGGGACUGCUGGUCAAACUGGGUCUGAGCUGGUCCAGACCCACAAAGAGCAUCUCUGUCCUCACCAAGCCACUUCCUGUCCGCAGUGCUCACAUCCUGGACUACACCGAAGCGCCAGAGACCGGUGUAGUUUUCGACAUCAACCCUCCGUUCAGAACUGUGUUUAGUAGAGUCAACAUCAGCUACACUGAAGGACAGGAGCGGCGCUCAAUGCUUUAUAAAGAUUUCUACAAAGGGAAAACAGUUUUCAAACACUGGUUACCAGGGAUGUGUUACCGUAACAUCACUUUCCAGCUUAUCUCCGAGGCCACCGUUUACCAGACUGCGCUGAUCUCCCGCAGUGACAUCACUCACGCACCUUUGCAGCACCGAACAGUUCCAUACCCCCCUCUCAACGUCUCCCAUAAGAUCAUCCACCUGAACCAGAGAGCAGCAGAUGAGGUCCCAAACACGGAGGAGGGACAGCGGCCGUCCCGUCAGACUCGGGACAUCCCACUGAUGAUGGAGGAGGAGCAACAGAUGCAGGAGACCCAGGCUGGUGGAAAGAAUGUCUCUGUAGAGGUGGUGACCACUCACAUUCCCUUCAACACAACGUACAACACAACGUACAACACAACAGAAGGUGUAACUGAUGAUGGCCGCCACACUGAGGAGGCAGAGCCUCAGAGCUACUGGCUGGACCCAACAGAGAGGACUGGUGUUGACAGAGACGAGGAGUUCGUCAAUGCAGUGGUUUCAGAGUACGAGGACUCAAGCGACCUGGGGUCAGCCAUGAAUGUGCCCUUUGAAGCCCCUGUGCUGCCCACCCGACUGCCCCCCAUCCUGCUGGAGCUGCGCUGGCUCCCUCCCAGACCACCCGUUAGCUACGAUGGCUUCAAUGUCUACAUCUACAGAGACGGGAACUCUACAGAGAUGGCCACUGUGGACGAGAACACUCAUGAGUUUUUCGUGGAGCUGAUGGAGCCGGGAACGUACCGAGUGCAGAUCACCACUCUGAGUUCAUCCGGAGAGUGUGAGGCCCGAGAGAGCAGCGCUGAGACCGGCUUCAGUUUCUACCUCGGUCCUGACGGCGAGCUGCUGGAGGAGCUGCGGGAGCGUCCUCAGGCCGUCAGCAUCAGACUGCUGGACUCCAGCACUGCUGCUGUCUCUUGGGCUCCGUCCUCCCAGAACCACAACGGCAGCCUGGUGUCGGUGGUCUCCACCACGUGUCUGAAACCCACCCUGAGCCAGAGGAUGGAGAACACCUUCUGUACUGAGGAAAACUCAACGAGUGACAUCAUCAGCAACCUGACACCAGGUGCUCAGUACCGAGUGGUGGUCUACCACACUAACGGACCCCUGAUCAGUCCUCCCUCUGAGCCCGUCAUCAUCGACAUCGAGCCCACAGGUGUUCGUGACCUGACAGUGUACCCUCUCAGCCCGACGGCAGUCAUCCUGCGAUGGCAGCGUCCGUACCAUGUGGCCUUCAGGAAGUACAUCCUGCAGACCUUCUUCUUUAACCCGGUCACGCUGGCCUCUGAGUGGACCACCUACUACGAGAUCGCUGCCACCGCCUCUGUCGUGGCCUCUGUGGGAGUCACGGACCUGCUGCCCGCCUGGUAUUAUAACUUCAGGGUUUCCAUGGUCACAUGGGGGGAGCCACCGCUGAGCUGCUGCGACAGCUCCACAGUCAGCUUCAUCACAGCUCCUGAAGCUCCUCACAUCUCCUUGGUUGAUUACUCCCAUGGUGUUCUGUUAGUCCGCUGGACGUACGGCGAGCUCUUCGUCGACCUGUCUCACUCCAGGAUGCUGCACUGGCAGGUGGUGGCUGUGGGGAGAAAAGGAGCCCAGAAGAGCUUCUCUGUUGAUGUGACUCGUAACGUGAUGCGGGCCAGCCUGCCGCUGCCUCCAGGAGACAUCUACAACCUGACGGUGACAGCAUGCACCGAACGCAGCAGGAACACGUCGGUGCCCAACAUCAUCAAGCUGGAUCCGGCUCCUCCCAAGUCUCUGUUCACGGUCAACACCACACACUCGUCUGUGACUCUUCUGUGGACCGAGGAUGGGGUGGUGGAUUACUACCAGGUUCUCUGCAGACCCAACAAGGACGUCAAGGAUCUGAAGACCCGCGAGCCCCUCACCUCCACAGCCCAGGUUCUGACCAUCUCUGGUUUGCUUCCAUCAAUGAGCUACAACUGCACCGUGACCAGCUUCAGCUACAGCACGCCGAGCCGGCCCGCACACGUCACCGUCAGAACCAACGCCAAAGAGAUGAACCCCAGCGUCGCUGCCAUCUCUGCGCUCGCCGCACUCAGUGUUCUGCUCAUCAGCCUGCUGGUUCUGUUACUGCUGGUUCUCCGGAAGAAGCACCUGCAGAUGACCAGGGAAUGUGGAGCAGAGACGUUUGUGAACUUCGCCUCAUUUGAGCGGGACGGGAAGCUUCCCUACAACUGGCGAAGAAGCCUCUUUGCCUUCCUUACCCUUCUGCCAUCCUGCCUUUGGACUGACUAUCUUUUGGCUUUUUAUAUUAAUCCAUGACGACUUCAGUCGGGUCAAGCUGCUGUCCAUGCACAACGAUGAAGGUGCAGACUACAUCAACGCCAACUACAUCCCUGGCUACAAACACUCCAAGGAGUACAUCGCCACUCAGGGUCCGCUUCCCGAGACCCGCAAUGACUUCUGGAGGAUGGUUCUUCAGCAGAAGUCACCGGUCAUCGUGAUGCUGACUCAGUGCAACGAGCGGCGGAGGUGCCGGGGUUGGUAGGACCGGGACCUUCAUGGCCCUGGACCGCCUCAUGCAGCACAUCAGGGAGCACGAGUUUGUGGACAUCCUGGGGAUGGUGUCUGAGAUGAGGUCCCAUCGGCUGUCCAUGGUCCAGACUGAGGAGCAGUAUGUCUUCAUCCAUCAAUGUGUCCUCCUCAUGUGGCAGAAGAAGAAACAACAAUCCAUCACGUCUGACAUCAUCUACGAGAACGCCAGCAAGACAUAAUGAGACGCCACCACAGGCUUCAAAGAUCCUGACUUCCUGUGCUUCAGGCAUCAUUCUCUGUUGAAGACGAUCCGCUUCAUCCUCAGAACCAACAACAAGACAGAGAAAACUUUGAUCCAGUCUUUUUCAUUUGAAUUGGUGUUCAAACUGGAAUUCUGCCUUAAGGAAAUGUUCAACUACAGCCCAGAACUGGACCGACUCCUGCCGACGUGUGUUCUGUCCGAUGAUUGCACCAUCGCUCAGACGCCAUGAUGUAAAAACUCUGGUUAUGACUCAGCKGUUUUUCAUUUUUCAUUUAUAAUAUCAUGACUUUAUGAAAGUUUUUGAGCACACUGGUCUCUUCCUCUGCCACCAAAAUCAUCUUCUUCGGUCCGAUUUUUGUUUGUGGAUGGUUCAGAACCAAGUUUUGGUUUAAUGCCAGAUCACACUGCCAAAUGUUCUGAUCGGAUCCAACAGUUUGCCUCAGAACAACCCCAACAAACAUCCAGAGGAGAGGGAUGAGCACAGGCCUCUACCUGAGGGGGCGGGGCUUCCAAAUGGAUCAGGUGGAACAGUCUGCAGAUCUCCAGGAUGGGACUGGAAGAGGUUCUGGGGCCCCAGAUCACUUUUAAACAAAUAAAAACAGGAAGUCUCCAAAUCUGGUCAAAUUUAAAUUAAACUUAUUCACAACUUUUAUCAGCAACAUUUAAGAAUUGCUGCAAACAUUUUUCCACAUCUUUAAAUUCACUUUCUUUACUGAUUGCCAAAAUUCUACACAUUUUGUUUGGUUUUGAUCAACAUUUUACAAUUUAAGCAUAAGAAAGAAUUUUAAAACUUCUAAUGUAAAAAAAGUAUAUAUUUAUGGCAUUAUAAUAAUCUCAGAGAUUAACGUCAACUUUAGAUGUUCUGGGGUCCCUGGUGGCUGUUUGAUGACCMGCUCUUCGUCAGAUUGUACAAAAACUCGUCAUCAGUUGCUGCUUUUAGGAUAUCAGCUUCUCUUUGAUCACUUAGAGAAAAAUCUACACUUGAUGGUUGAAGAGACUGUCCACUGGUCACUUCCUGAAACCAACGUUUAAUUUUCUUACAGGAUGUACACUGUGUCAUCAAAAUAAAAGCACACUAAUAAAGUUCAAUCUCAGUUUCAACAGGCAAGACGUUUAAUGCAUUUAAGAAUUUAGAAAUUUAUUCAAACAAAAGUAAAAUUUAAUCAUCCAAGGAAUAUUUCUCAGACCUUCUUGAUCCCACCGAAGUCUUCCAUGACUAGAGCUGAGGUUUCUGAGGUAGUUCAUGAGCUCCAUGGUGGCAGGGCUUCAGGAGUGGACGAGAUCCACCCUGAUUUCCUCAAGGCUCUGUAACAUUGCGUGGACAUUAGUGGAUUGGCAGACUGGGGUGAUGGUUCCCCUCUUCAGAAAGGAGGACCUGAGGGUCUGUUCCAGUUACAGGGACAUCACUCUCCUUAGCCUCCAGGUAAGGUCUUUCCAGGGGAGAGUCCAGAAGAGAGUCUGAUCGAUGGUCAUAUCUCAGAUUCUGGAAGAACAAUGGGUUCUGUCCUGGCCGUGGAUCACUGGACUAGCUCUUUAAAUGGAAAUGGUAAAUGGACUGAACUUAUAUAGUGCUUUAUCAAGUCCCUCCAGUCCCUAAAACACUUUACACUUCAGACAUUCACCCACUGAUGAUGGUAAGCUUCAGCCACAGCUGCCCUGGGCACACCAACAGAGACUGCCAUGCACCAACGCCACCGGACCCUCCGACCACCAUCAGUAGGCAAGAGGGUGAAGUGUCUUGCCCAAAGACACAACAACUGAGAUGGCUGGAACGGGGGAUCGAACUGGUGACCUUCUGGUUCCAGGAUGACUCCCCUAACCACUCUACCACAGCCGCCCUGGAUUACCCUCACUAGGAUCUUCAAGGGGUCAUGGGAGUUUGCUAAUCCAGUCWACAAGUGUUUUGUGGACAUGGAGAAGACUUUGGACAGUGUUCCUCGAGCUGCACUGUGUGGGUUACUUGGUGUUUAUGGGAUUGUGGGUCAAAGUUUGCUUCACAAUGCUGAUAUUAAGUCGGACCCCUUAAGGGUGGGAGUGGAAGUCCAGUUGUGUUGGAUUCUGUUUAAAACUUUUAUGGACAGGGAGUCCGGUUCUGUGGCCCUGGGAUUCUAUCUCUGUUAUUUGCAGAUGAUGUGGUCCUGUUGGCCUGGGUUGGUUUCUGUCUCAAGUGUAGAAUUUCAGGUAUCUCUGUGUUUUGUUCACAGUGAGAAAAGAACACAGUGUCAGACCCACAGACGGAUCAGUGCAGUGUUCUGGACUCUGGACUCUGGACUCUGGACCGACCUGUUGAGGUUCAGAGGAAGCUGAGCUCUCUGUUAAUCAGUCGGUUUAUGUUUCUAUGCUCACCUAUGAUCUAAACUCUGAGUAGUGACCACAUGAAACUCACAGAGGAACUCAGGAUGUGGGGUGGUACCCUUAAAAUCUAAGUCCCGCCUCCAGACUCUUUCAACCAGUGAAGGCUGUCAGUCAGGGUAAUGAUACUUUUUAUGGACUAAAAAUGUGUUACAAGUCAGAAUUUUGAGCAUGAGAUAAUUUUUGUUUAAGCUGUGGUAUUAAAGGCAGAAGGGGAUGUGCAUUUCUGUAAGAAAUUCUACUUACUGAAGGUUCUGGAACAAAGMGAUAUUUAUAAUUAUUCCUGUUGUUACACCUGAUGACAGUAAAGUUCUUAUCAAACCUACUGUAACAAAGUUUUGAGUAUAAAAUUGUACUGAGCUUUUCUCAUGUUUUCCUAACUACAGGAACUGUUUGAAAUGGGUCUGUUAARAAAACCUGACAGAAAACAACAAAAACGGAAACCUUCAACCUAUCAUAAACCUACUGAAAAAGGUUGCUUUGAUUCUGCUUCUGCUCCACAGAGGCGUUUAAAGCUUUUGUUUUGGAGGGGAUAAGGCCACUGGUUUUAGUAUUUUGAUGACACUUUGUAUUUUUCUGUGCAGACUUCAGAACUCGGUGGCUGUGUUAAGAACAGGAUCAUCUGUUGUUGUGGCCUGGUGGUUCCACAUCUCUUUACUCAUCAUUUGCUUCCAUCAGUUCGGUUUCACUGGUAGAUAUCAGAUGUACUGUACAUACUACUACUGCUUAACUGAAUCUUUCUACUUGUCAUUUCUGAGUAUUUCUUGUGCAGCUGUUGCUUUAGAAUCUUAUUUUUCUGUUGGAAAUGUGCGUCAUUGUUCUCUGAGCCAGCACUGCAGUGAUUUGCUGUUUGGAGGAGUUUUCUGCUGUCACAACCAUCUGAAGAACAGAGACUGUUCUGGAACCUUUCACAGUUCUUCUUGCUUCAUGUGUCCAGUCAGAAGUUGUGUGUCAUUGGUGCCAUUUUUCUUCUUGUGCAUUGUGUCACUCACAGUUUGAUCCCAAACUGUCAGUUUUAAUGUGUGUGUUGGAAAAUAAAAUGUUGCAGUAAA